GAGCCUCGAAGGUGCUGGUCAACGGCAUCUUGGUCGCGAAACCACCGAUUGCAGGAUGCGUAUCACUUCAUAGUAAUAGCUUGUUCAGUCUAACUUGCGAAAUUCGAAUUUAUCUUGUUUGUAGCUGCCCCCCAUUUUCAAACCGAACACAAAGCCGCUGAGGGUGCCCAACCCGCGUUGACAAAUCAGCUGUGGCUCACGGCAGCAAACUCCGUCAUGCCAACCUUUCCAUAUUUUGAAAUCUUCGAAAUCCGGAUGCAUUAUCGAACAUUGCCUAGCCACUCGAGGCAUGUCUAAAUGUAAUGGUGGCAUGCUAGCAUUCCAACGACCCUCCAAGCUGCCAUUAGUUCUGGGCAAUGGCCACCUAUAUAUAGGCUGUCUUAUGUUUUUGUUCGAGAACGCUGCAUACACUCUCGUGCGAUUAUACAUGAUUUAUUCCUUUCCAUUAUGAGGGUAAUGUGUGAACCCUCCCUUCCCCUUCGUGAUCAGAUCCUAGCAAAUCUCCGCUUCCUGUUCGGUAAUAACGUUGACAUCGUGACGUGCAACGGAGGACAUGGGAACGAUGUGGCCGUCUUUGCAUAUAAAUGGGGGAUAUACGGCGAGCGGGUAAAAGUCAUGCAAGCACUGGGCCCUAGCUGGGAACGAGCAUUGCGAAAGUUGCUCGACUUUUCGUCACGAUGCGUUCAAGACUUCCUUCCCAAUCAAGUGAUGGAAGAUCUCCAGACGUGCCAUUGCUCCUUGGUAUGCAAAUUACUAGGGAAGUUUGGACAGUCGAGAUCAAUACUGAAGUUGUUUAAGCGGAUACAGGUUGGGCACCAAUUAUUUAACACGGAAGCAACAGCUGACAUGCUUACAAAGAAGAAUAGCGAUGAAGCUGAACCAGAGCAAACGCUGCUUAGUACGCAGGCUUUGGACUUCUGUCAUGGGGAGCAGGAAGACUACAGAAUCGUUAUGCGUGUUUAGUGCCAUUUUGCCUCAUAAGGGGGCAUUGAGGCAUAUUAGAUAUCCCACCCGCGCAUGCCUACUACAAAUUAUUCUCCA